AUGGGCCUCGCGUACAACACCUAUCUUAACAGCUCCCGCAUUUACGGGUGCAAGGGUUGCAAGACUCACCUUGCCAACCACGAUGAUAUCAUUAGCAGGAACUUCCGCGGUCAACAUGGCAAAGCGUACCUCUUCAACACGGUAGUCAACGUCGAGGCGGGCGAGCCGGCCGAGCGAACCAUGACGACGGGCCGCCAUGUUGUGCGCGACAUCUCGUGCCGCAUCUGUAGCGAGAUUGUCGGCUGGAAGUACGACAAGGCGUACGAGUCGACCGAGAGGUAUAAGGAGGGCAAGUUCAUCCUUGAGGCUGAGCUCCUUUGCACGGUGAAUUGA